AUGAACAAGAAAAGUGGAGAGGAGUGGGAGAUUGCCGAAAUUUCCAUCCGAGAGAUACGUAGCAUUAUCCCUGCUCAUUGUUUUGAGCGCAACACCUUUCGUUCUUUCGCAUAUCUAUUUAAGGACCUAUUCUAUGUUGGAGCACUGGUAUAUUGUGCUAGCUCGAUUGGCAAUAUAUCAUUUGCCCCACUUCGCCUUGUUUUGUGGCCUGUGUAUUGGUUUCUACAGAGUGCUGUCUGUACUGGUCUUUGGAUGAUAUGCCAUGAAUGUGGACACCAAGCAUUCAGUUCUUCAAAGGUUUUAUGUGAUGGUGUUGGAAUGGUUGUUCAUAGCUUCAUGCUCGUUCCCUAUUACUCCUGGGCAAUUACUCAUGGCAAACACCAUAACACAAUUGGGCAUGUUACUAGAGAUAAGGCAAAUAUUUGUCAUAAAGACCAAUAUCAUAAUCAUAUACCCAAACUACGCUCAUCUACGGGUCUACCUCCUCUCGCUGAAGACCCAGAGAUCGAUGGUCCUCAUAGCAUCUUGGAACACGCACCUUUUGUUGAACUCCUGCGACUUUCUUUCUUUCUUUUUGUUGCAUGGCCUUACUAUAUGCUAUUUCACACUCCCGGAGAUACGACAAGAGAACGAUGGGUCUCUCACUUUAAUCCAAAUUGUUUCAUAUUUGAUAAAAGCCAAUAUUGGCAGGUGGUACAGUCUAUAAUCGGCGUCCUUAUAAUGCUUGGGGUAUUGAUCGGCCUAGGAAGCAUUUAUGGACUGAUCAAUAUAAUAAAAUUCUAUAUAAUUCCUCAUAUCCUUACCCAUGCCUGGAUGAUUACGAUUACAUACAUCCAGCACACAGCUCCUGAGUUACCCCACUACGAUUCUGAGGUCUGGAGCUACCAGCGUGGAGUUGCUCUCACUGUCGAUCGAUCAUAUGGUGCUUUUCUGGAUCACGUCUUCCAUCACAUUGGAGAUACACACUUUCUUCAUCACGUUGUACAUACUAUACCUCACUAUCACACUGUAGAGGCUACUGAACAUCUCAAAAAAGCUCUCGGGAAGCACUACCGCCGGGACGAUACCCCUAUUUAUAAGGUUUUAUUCAAUAGCUGGACAAAGUGCAAGUUUGUUGAAAAUGAGGGUGCCGUUCGUUUUUAUAAAAACUAG